AUGGAGGAAGGAGUAAACGCCGUCCUAGCGGCAAUGAUCACCUCCAGCGCACCCUCGGCGCAUGAAGCAAUGCCAACUAAUCAAAAUCUGAAGCCUCAAACGGCUCCUUCCGAGCCCGUUAACUUAGCAAAUAAAAAUGAUGCUGUAGAGGAAGAGACCUUGCAUUCGUGGUUCCCUGCCACGUGUCCAGGUUUCGAAGCCCGUUGUGGUGAUGUGAAAAGACUCGUAAAGGAAGAUCUGGAGGAUCCCCACAGGAGGAAGCACCUGGAGUCAUUCAGAAAGUGCAUGCAAGAAUGGGAAACAUAUGACCCAGGCGCGAAGAAUGAAAUGCAGGACGAGACUGCGAGCGCCCUUCUCGCGGAUUUGCUUAAGAUGAAGCCCAAAACAAGCGGAGAGUUCGAUGCUGCUAUGCAGUCCCUUAGAAAAAAGUACAAGGUUGCGCCAGCUAAAUCGCAGCUGGUGACUGCGUACAAUCGUUUCAUUGCUGAAGAGGCCAAUUGCGAACAAUCCCAAGGGGACGCGUCUCUGGGUUUAUGCAGCCAGGAAGAAAAGGAAAUUGGGAGCCCUGCAAACCGUCUGCGCGAUCCGAUGCUAGAGAGCUUGAUGCGAAGAAAAGCCGUGCGUACAAACAGCGGCGUUAUUGUGAUUACGGUACUGACGGCACCAGGGCGUUUUUCCUGCCCACAAGACUGCCACUACUGUCCAAAUGAGCCGGGGCAACCGCGAUCGUAUCUAUCAACUGAACCGGCAGUACUGCGAGCAAACCAAAACGGGUGGAGUCCCCUGAAACAGUUUAAAGACAGAGCAGAGACGCUAAGACGGAAUGGCCAUGUUGUUGACAAAAUUGAAGUUCUUGUUCUUGGAGGCACGUGGAGCGGAUAUCCCCAAGACUACCAGGAAGAGUUCAUCCGCGACGUGUACUACGCUGCCAAUGUUUUCGGAGCACCAGAGCCAGUUCGGCAACCCCUCUCCUUAGAAGAGGAGCAGAGCCUAAAUGAGACGGCAGACUGCCGUAUUGUAGGACUAACUUUGGAAACUCGACCAGACUUUAUUACACGCUACGAGUUGCGCCGGCUACGACGUUUUGGAUGUACUCGUGUCCAGAUUGGCGUGCAGCACGUGGAUGAUAAUGUGCUGCAGUACAUCAACAGAGGCUGCACGCGCCGGGACGCAAUAAAGGCUAUCCGAAUGCUCAAGGAUGCGGGAUUCAAGGUGGACGUUCAUCUUAUGCCAGAUCUGCCGUCGAGUAACCCAGAUUUAGACCGCCAAAUGUUUCACUAUGCACUCUGCUCCCCCGAUCUCCAAGCAGACCAGUGGAAAAUAUACCCGUGUGAAGUGACGCCCUUUUCAACGAUAGAGCAAUGGUAUAAGGAGGGGAAGUUUGUUCCAUAUGCAGAUACAGACGGGGACACCUUAUUAUCCCUUAUUUGUUCUGUCAAGGCAGCAGUACAUCCAUGGAUUCGACUAAAUAGAGUGGUGCGAGACAUUCCAAACCAAUCUAUCAUUGGAGGAAACAGCAUCACAAAUCUCCGACAAGAGCUUUCUAGAGAGCUCCAACACCGCCACUUGCGUUGCAGAUGCAUUCGCUGCCGCGAAGUCAAGGACGCUCAGUUCGAUUUGGGGUACGGCCCACUGUACCUGUUAGACGAGCCCACUCUUGGCAUUCAUACAUGCUCUUGCGGAGGCCUCACGCGCGUUUGCAUUUUCAUGACUGCCUGCAGCAUCGCGGAGCUGUGCAUUCGCCGCUACGAAACAAAUGGAGGCGUGGAGUAUUUCGUGUCUUUUGAGACACCCGAUAGGAAAACAAUAUUUGGAUUUCUCCGGCUAAGACUUCGUGCGCGGCGAAGCUCAAGAGACUGUCCCUUCAGCGUAUUGAAUGGCGCAGCACUGCUGCGAGAGUUGCACGUGUAUGGGUGUUUAGUUCCGCACGGAGAAGCGAAGAGCAGCGGUGACUUAAGACCGCAGCACGCUGGAUUUGGCAGGCGCUUGAUACAAGCAGCAGAAAUUUUGGCCUUGGCCAACGGGUACCACCGCAUGGCUGUGAUAGCGGGUAUCGGCUCGCGGGAGUACUACCGCAUGAGCGGCUAUCAGGUGGACGAUACAUACAUGAUCAAAGACUUGACAGUUUCGGGUCUCCAUGCAGGCCGGGAGGACUUGCUUGCGGAUCGGCCCAAGCAGCUCUUGAUUGAAUGGCAGGACAUGCAGCAAGCUGCUGCAACAUUGCUGCUUCCGUUACCACCUAGGGAAGCAAUACGAAAGGUUAAGGGUAGGCAAAUGGAGCGUAAGAAGUUUCGAGCUAGCAGGAAACCGGCAGUGCAGCCAGAGGUGUCUUCGACGGCCGUUGCAACGACCUACCAGGAAACGAAAGAGAGAGCAACAGCGUUUCAGACAGAGUACACGACGACCGUUGAGGUUAUUGAUGUUACUUUGUUGUUGCAAAGUCUACAGAACAGCGAGCCAGUACAGUCUGGUUCCAUCGAAACGCCUGCCGUGUUCGCUGACAGAGACACAUUUGCGGAACACUGCGACAUCUUUGCCGCAUUGCAGCAGGCAGCGAAACCCAGUACAAGGAGCAAUUCUUCAUCUCCAUUGUCUCCAUUCUCGGCCGCUUUAUUAUCCAUUAGGCAAGAAGCAACUGUAGCGAUCAAGACACGCCUUUUUUUCGUCGCCACAGUCACGGGAGCGGUGGCUGCAGGGCUUCUAUGGUUCGUGGCUAGAAGACAUUAG